AUGCGCCUCGGGAGUACGUCACCGCCGCGCCGGUCCCGCCUCGGCGCCAAAGGAAAUGCGUCAUCAAAACGAGACUGCUCUGGCUGGCGGAAGUACGUCAUCGCAGCAGGCCCCACCUCCUCCGCACUCUACGCCAUGGUCGUGUCGGUUCCGCCCAGGCGAUCACGGACGCCGACUGCGCCCGCCCUCGGAGAUCACGUCACGGGGGCCGCGCGCUGCGGCGCCACCUGCUGGCCGUUGGGGCGCGGUGCACGCCACGCCGCCGGACCGCGACUUCUCCAGGUUGCGCGCCGGGCUCGCGACGGAGUCUGCGGGAUGGCAGCCCCGGGCGGCCUGCUCGGCCUGGUGCUUCGGGCUGCAGGAGCGGGUCGCAGCCUGCACACAUCCUCCUGGCGGGCCGACAGCAGCAGAGCCUCACUCACACGGGUACACCGACAGGCCUACGCACGUCUUUACCCUGUGCUCCUGGUCAGGCAGGAUGGCUCCACUAUCCACAUCCGCUACCGAGAGCCACGGAGGAUGCUGGUGAUGCCUUUGGACCUGGAUAGCCUGACACCAGAGGAGAGGAGAGCACGCUUCCGGAAACGUGAGGCCCAGCUCAGAGAGAAGAAGGUGGAGGAGCCGCAGCUUACUGAUGACUUUGACCAGGAGCGCUACAAGCAGUUUUGGACCAAGAAAUAACUGUACCAGGGCUGCCAGCAGUCUUGGGUGCUCUGGGAGUGGAGGGGUAUCUAUUUUAAAUCAGGUUUUGCCCAA